UCAGACACGCGCUUAAUGUCUACCCCCACCCCUUUACCGUUUCCUUCAACCGUAAACGGUCGUGGUGCUAGUUUACCUCACACAACGAACUACCGGAGGGACCAUUCGCGGCAAUAACAUUGUAAAGUACACUCAGGAAUACCAACAGUAGUAUGACUCUUUUGUAACGACGUUUUUAUAAAGUAUUGUCGUGAAUUUGUAUUGGGCGGGUUCCCCAGCGGUCUCGUUACUGGCACUGUUAGCCGGCUAAUCUCCAGCGCGCGACAAAAUGGCCGAAUCGGACAAAAUAAACAUCGAUUCGAUCAUCCAGCGCCUUUUGGAAGUGAAGGGCUCAAGACCUGGUAAAAAUGUUCAGUUAACUGAGCAAGAGAUUCGAGGAUUGUGUCUAAAAUCUCGAGAAAUCUUUCUUAGUCAGCCAAUACUACUGGAGCUGGAGGCACCCCUCAAGAUUUGUGGUGAUGUUCAUGGUCAGUACUAUGACCUGCUCAGGCUUUUUGAGUAUGGAGGAUAUCCACCAGAGAGUAACUACCUAUUUCUGGGAGACUAUGUUGACAGAGGCAAGCAGUCACUGGAGACCAUCUGCCUGCUGCUUGCUUACAAGAUCAAAUAUCCAGAGAACUUCUUUCUUCUCAGAGGAAACCAUGAAUGUGCCUCAAUCAACAGGAUAUAUGGAUUUUAUGAUGAAUGUAAAAGACGUUAUAACAUCAAGCUCUGGAAAACAUUCACAGACUGUUUCAACUGCUUGCCAGUAGCUGCUAUUGUGGAUGAAAAGAUUUUUUGUUGUCAUGGGGGUCUUUCUCCAGACCUGCAAUCAAUGGAACAGAUUCGGCGUGUGAUGAGGCCUACGGAUGUCCCUGACCAGGGUUUGCUGUGUGAUCUGCUCUGGGCUGACCCUGAUAAAGAUGUCAUGGGCUGGGGAGAGAAUGAUCGUGGUGUUUCCUUCACCUUCGGGUCUGAUGUCGUGGCCAAGUUUUUGCACAAACAUGACAUGGAUCUCAUAUGCAGAGCCCACCAGGUGGUGGAGGAUGGCUACGAGUUCUUUGCGAAGAGGCAGUUAGUCACGCUUUUCUCUGCUCCCAACUACUGCGGCGAGUUUGACAAUGCAGGUGCCAUGAUGAGUGUUGAUGAGACCCUUAUGUGCUCAUUUCAGAUUCUGAAACCAGCAGAGAAGAAGGUGCUGUCAUAUGGCGGCGCUGGAGGAUUUGGGAACAGCAGACCUGUAACUCCUCCUCGGAACACAGCCAAGGGUGGCAAAGCCAAGAAAUAACAUCAACUACUGCAGCAUGCCUGAAUAUCCUGUCCAUCAUUCUACCUCUCCUUUUCUUUCUCCUCUUCUACUCCAAACACCAAACUAGUGCAGUGCUUUUUUUUUUUUCUCUCAUCAAGACAAGAAUGCUGGGAAUCUGAAUGGUCAUGUGCGUGAAUGAAAUGCUUUUGUGGAGUUUGUGGGUUUCUAUGUGAAACAGCAUUGUGUGUGUAUUUGUUGAAAGUGAGUUUGUUGUGAGAUUGUAUGCAAGGUUUUUUUUUUUCUUCUUUAGUAAUUACGCACCUUUUACUGCGUUAUAAUUUUUUUUUUAAAGCUGUUCUGGUUGACUUUCUUGUAAUACGCAUCUUCACACAUAAUGUUCUAUUGCUUUUUAGGCCAUCUAUUGGACCUGCGCUUUGCCCUUUUCUUCAGACCAAGCCUCAGGGUCCAGAUUUCUAUGAACAUUUUCAUUCCCCUUCAGCUCUAAAGCAAUCUGAACAGAGGUGAUUGUGCUCUUGAAUUGUGUGCAAAUCACUGCCAGUCUCUUCAAUGUGAAACUUUGUCCAAGUGCGUGUCUGUUUACAGUAGUUAUUGACGGCGCCCUGCACAUUUUGUCAUAUACUUUUAUUUUGACACAUCAUUUGCUUAUUAAAACUCACACUCGGGUAGUGUUUAGCCUGGCCUGUGGAAAUGCUCUGUUUCUUUGAAUUUUUGGCUUGAACAAAUUGUAGUAAGGUUUUUUUUUUUUUUUUUUUUUUUCGAUUUAUAUAAAAACGAUGCAUGCUGUGCAAAAACACCAAGUGUGAAUGUCUACAAAGAGGGUGCCAUCGCUGUUUCAGUUUGCACAGGAAUGCACUGUUUCUUUUUUUUCUGAUUGUGGCUUUGUGCCACUUUGUAAACUGCAAACCUCACUUUUUCCUGUAAAAAGGACUUUUUUUAGUAGUCAUGAAUUUAGCCAAUAAAGUCAGAAUCUGGUGCAAUUUUUUA